GGGGAGGAGUCUCACUGACAAGAAACUGGCUCUACUGAGUUUGGCUGCUCCCUAAAAUAGCAGUUGUGUGUAAAUGUGACUGAAAUUACGUUAAUGUUCCACGCACACGGUAUCCAUUGGAGGCUCUGAUAUAGAGUAUCUAUAUACAGCGAGGGACUUGAGAGACAAGGACAUUUUUCCCAAGGAGGAGAAAUCUGCAGGAAGCUUAACGCGAGUGAGGGAAGCAUUGAAGGCUAAAAGAAGAGACAGACAGACAGACAGGAGCUGGAUAUUCUUGGUCCGAUAAAGAGGUUAUCACUACUUUGAUAGUUGGAUUGUGGUGUGGUCACGAAAACGACAGAGUCAGAGAGAGAGAAGAGAGAGAGUGUUGUACAAUGUGCUAGGAGAUAAGGAAGAAGACGAGCUCGGUAGUUUUUCUGAUAUUCUUGAGGUGUCAGAGAGACCGAACAGAACGCAGAGAUGGGACGGAAGAAGAUACAGAUCACCAGGAUCAUGGAUGAGAGGAACAGGCAGGUUACCUUCACGAAGAGGAAGUUUGGGCUAAUGAAGAAGGCCUAUGAGCUCAGCGUUCUAUGUGACUGUGAGAUAGCCCUGAUCAUAUUCAACAGCUCAAACAAACUCUUUCAGUAUGCGAGCACAGACAUGGACAAGGUCCUGCUCAAAUACACUGAGUACAACGAGCCCCACGAGAGCAGAACUAACUCUGACAUUGUCGAGAAAUUAAGAAACAAAGGCCAUAAUGACCUGUGUGCCAGUCCUGAUCCAGAUGACUGUUUUGGGCACAGCCCCCUCAUGGACGACCGUUUCGGCAAACUAAGCGAAGAGAGUGAUUUAAUGUACAAGCGCUGUGGUGCGCUAAACAAGAAAGAACACAGAGGCUGUGAUAGCCCGGACCCUGAUGCCUCAUAUGUCCUCACCCCUCACACAGAAGAAAAGUAUAAAAAAAUUAAUGAGGAGUUUGAUAAUAUGAUGAGAAAUCAUAAAAUCCCCACAGCGCUGCCCCAGCAGAACUUCUCCAUGCAUGUGGCAGUGCCAGUCUCCAACCAGAACACCAUGUCCUACAACCCAGGAGGCUCCAUGAGCAGCCAGGUCCAGGCCGCAGCCUCUCUGAGCGACAGUGGGAUGCUCUCUCCCGCUCAGGCCUCCUUACACAGGAAUGUGGGCUCCAGUGGGGGCCAGCAGAGGCCACCUAGUCAAGGCAAUGCAGGGAACGGCUUUGUCAACCCUAGGGGCUCUCCGGGACUCCUGGGCGCAACCAGCGGGAACGGCCUGGGGAAAGUCAUGCCCACCAAGUCUCCACCGCCCCCUGGAGGGAACAUGGGGAUGGGCAACCGCAAGCCAGACCUGAGAGUGCAGAUACCCCCGUCCAGCAAAGGCAUGAUGCCCCCACUGAACACCCACAGGAUAAGCAGCUCCCAGUCCCAGCUACUCGCCACCCCAGUAGUGUCUGUCACCACCCCCAGUCUGCCCCCCCAAGGCCUGGUCUACUCAGGCAUGCCCACCAGCUACAACACCGAGUACUCCCUGAGCAGUGCAGAGAUCUCCUCCCUACAGGGCUUCGGCUCUCCAGGGCUCUCUUUGGGCUCCAUGUCGGCAUGGCAACAACAUCAACUGGGCCAGGCAGCUCUCAGCUCUUUGGUGGGUGGUGGUCACCUACCUCAGGGCUCCAACCUCUCUAUCAACACCAGCCAGAACAUCAACAUCAAGUCAGAGCCCAUCUCCCCACCGCGGGAGCGCGUCACCUCCUCUGGCUUCCCCCAGCAGCAGCAGCAGCAGCAGCAGCAGCAGCAGGCAUCCAGCCGGCAGGACCUGGGCCGCUCGCCUGUGGACAGCCUCAGCUCCUCCUGCAGCUCGUACGAUGGCAGCGACCGCGAAGACCACCGGCCGGACUUCCACUCCUCGUCCAUGGGGCUGGGCAGACCCCCAGCCGGAACCGAGGACAACAGGGAGAGCCCCUCUGUCAAGCGCAUGCGCAUGGACACCUGGGUGACAUAGAGUCACUCUGUCAGGCCUCCAGUCACCAGCUAGUCAGAUGGAGGGAGGGAGGGGGUAGACUUGGGGGAGAGAUGGAUGGGGUAGGAAAGGUCCUUAUAGUUAUCAUUAUUAAUAUUAUUAUUUAACUCCAUUUCAUUUUGUAAGAAGGAGAAUGGCAAAUAAAUUAAAUACGUCUCACAUUAAUAAGAAAAACAAUCAAGUAGUUGGACUGAAUUAUGUACACAAACAGAUGUUAUCAGGUACUGGGUGCGAAUUAGAUGUUUGCAGGAGUCUGAUGUUCAAAGAAAAAAAAAGAAGAAAAAAACUAAUCUAGAUUAUUGUAGUCACUGGUCUAGUCUGGCACUUGUAGUUGCUGUUUUUGCUGUUGUGGUUGCAAGUUACAAACAAUCCAAAAAGUCAAGAGUGUUGCCUGCUGGCUGAGGUCCCCUGCUUGUGGCGUCCACUGUUAGAGCUCAUGUUUCACUACAUGGUGUAACCUCAUAUGACUUUAAUCUCAUACAACUUUGUCUCAAUUUGUCUCUUCUAUGAAUUUAUUAAAUCAGUAGAUGUGGAAUCAAAUUUUAAAACAAUUUCGACCUCAGAGACUAAAAAGAGUUGUAUUUCAUUUGAAAGAGGUUUCCCUUGUGUGGUUUUAGACAGGAAAAGCUAUCCUGUAUGGGAAGGACAUGGCUCAGAGUCAUGUGUUUAGUUCUAAAAUAAAUAGGAAAAAGUAUAUUGCAAUAAUAACAUUAAUUUUAUAAUCUGAUAUAUGGGACAUUAACAUUAUGGGAAAUUGUCCAGUUGAACUGGUAACAUGGUAAUAGCAAGGCAUCUUCUCAUUGCUCCAACAAUUCAUUGGUAAUGUAAGCCAAAGCUGUACUGUACGUUUCUUUCUGUUAUUUGUAGCUAUGUUUUCCUAGCAAUUCUCUCAAACAAUUGUUCAUUUUAGUUUAGUUUUUACUGUGCUUUGUUACAAAUAUUAUAAAGACAUGCAAGCCAGAUCUUGAAUCAAUAUCUCAAGCCAUGAACACUUGCGGUUCUGUUUGUUAAAUUAAACAUUUGAGCCAAACACUUUCUUUUGUUAUGUAAAUAGCAACUUUAAUAUAUAUAUAUCACCUUGGUGUAAGUACGUAUGUAUUGUACCAUCACCAGAUUCAAGAAAAAGGUAUAUUUUUGUGGAUUACUGCCAUGUUUACAGGGCGAGAUCCUUAUUAAGUAGAUUAUUCACUGGUUAAUAUUUACUAUUUUGUUAAUUAUACUGUACUUUCUUCAAAAUUGAAUUACUACCAUUAUAGUCAGUGAUUUUCUUUCCAGAGAGUAGUUUUUUGGGUUGUUUUCCCUUUAAUAGUGGUGAAUGUCUGUCCUUAAGAAAUUGUAAUAACAGUGAUGUAAGGUUAAAGUUCCACUAUAUCUUAUGUUGUGAAGGAUAAUCUCAACGCUGAGGAAAAUAUGGUUUAGGGUUAGGCUAUUUACCUGUAGCUGCUGAAUACACUGCCAACUUUCAAACCCAAGGUUCCAUCUCAGCAUUGAAAAACCAUCCAUUGUGAUUGUGCUUUGCUCGAUUGAAAGACAUGCCAUUUCAUGAACCAUGCCAAUAAACCUAUUUGGGUCGCUCCACGAAAAGAGUGCCUUUUGCGUCACUUUGAUAUUUGAAGUAGAAAUUGUGCACCAAUAUUGCAUUUUAAAAGCCUGUUAUGUUAAAUUAAGUGCACUUGAAUAUAUACUGAGUGUACAAAACAUUAAGAACACCUUCAUAAUAUUGAGUUGCACCCCCUCUCCCCUUUUGCCCUCAGAACUGCCUCAAUUUGUCAGGGCAUGGACUCCAGAGGGAUGCUGGCCCAUGUUGACUCCAAUGCUUCCCACAUUUGUGUCAAGUUGGCUGGAUGUCCUUUGAGUGGUGGACCAUUCUUGAUACACACAGAAAACUGUUGAGCGUGAAAAACCCAGCAGAGUUGCAGUUCUUGACACAAACCUGUGCGCCUGGCACAUACUACCAUAACCCGUUUAAAGGCACUUAAAUCGUUUGUCUUACCCAUUCACCCGCUGAAUGGCACACAUACACAAUCCAUGUCUCAAUUGUCUCAAAAUCUGCAUGUCUGUCUCUAUUGUCUCAAAAUCUGCAUGUCCCGUGUCAUUUCAAGGAAGAUUUUAACCCAUUUAAUCCCAAAAUCUGCAUGUCCCGUGUCACUUCAAGGAAGAUUUGAACCCAUUUAAUCCCAAAAUCUGCAUGUCCCGUGUCACUUCAAGGAAGAUUUGAACCCAUUUAAUCCCAAAAUCUGCAUGUCCCGUGUCACUUCAAGGAAGAUUUGAACCCAUUUAAUCCCAAAAUCUGCAUGUCCCGUGUCACUUCAAGGAAGAUUUGAACCCAUUUAAUCCCAAAAUCUGCAUGUCCCGUGUCACUUCAAGGAAGAUUUUAACCCAUUUAAUCACAAAAUCUGCAUGUCCCGUGUCACUUCAAGGAAGAUGUGAACCCAUUUAAUCCCAAAAUCUGCAUGUCCCGUGUCACUUCAAGGAAGAUUUUAACCCAUUUAAUCCCAAAAUCUGCAUGUCCCGUGUCACUUCAAGGAAGAUUUGAACCCAUUUAAUCACAAAAUCUGCAUGUCCCGUGUCACUUCAAGGAAGAUUUUAACCCAUUUAAUCCCAAAAUCUGCAUGUCCCGUGUCACUUCAAGGAAGAUUUGAACCCAUUUAAUCCCAAAAUUUGCAUGUCCCGUGUCACUUCAAGGAAGAUUUUAACCCACUUCAUCGCAAAAUCUCUCCAAGUUUCACCAUCAUUGUAAAGCACUAGUUAUUACAUUGCUUUGACAAAGUCAUUCCUGGAGAUUAUUUAUUUCAUGUGAUAAUGAUUCAUUUACAUUCAUUUAAUGUCAACCCAGUUACGGGAACUGAACUCUCAUUUUAAUAUGGUGAAACUAUUCUUUUUUAAAUAUAUAUUUUUUCAAAAUAAAUAUUGAACAUCUAAUUGUCAAAUCAUACAGUAAAAGCAGGUGAGCUGGUUCUACUCUUUUUGGCAAUUAUCUGGUGUUUUGUGGUGGAAAACUGAGUGGGUUGAGCAUUAUACGUCAACCUUGUUACUCAUAGAUAGACAGGCUAGAAUUAUUAUUUUAUUUUUUAAAUGUGUGAAGCUUGCAUUCAAUUGCCACUCUCUGUUGCACACAACAAGCUUCCAUUCCCCCUGUCACGAGGGGAUUUAUGGCUGAUUAGUUUUUAGUUUUAUUCAGAUUGUUCAGGGUUGCUGCAGGACCCUCAGCACCCGUAUUUCCCACACUUCAUUUUUUUAUUUAACAUCUUGAGAUGGGAAAACUAGUUUAUGAAGUUGAAAAUAUGCUCUUUAUGACAGAAUGUAAAAAGUAGGUGGAAAAGGCACCGAAUUGGUGGAACAACCCAUUUAUGGUUAAUUAAAUGAUCCAUUGAUGGAUCACUCUCUGGUGAAAAUGUUCACAUUUAUGAGUAAAUUAAGUUGCAAACAUUGUAAAUAGCAUAGCCUAAAUGUAAUCCUCAGUCAUGAUUAUGUAUAAAAUGAAUCCGUUUUAUAAAUUGGCACAGCAAAAUACCCUAUGUUUGAGGCCCAUCACUAGUAGGAAAUGAACAACCCUGAAAUCAUGAUCCCAUGAGUGUGUAGUACUGGUGAGUGGCAGCAGCCAUUUUCUGUUUCACUGUUGUAUAUUUGGCUGUGUGGGCAUAUCAGACCAUGCAAGCCUGUACGUCAUUGUCUGUUACAUGUGGCCUUGGCUUGCAUUAUACCCCAUCCCCACAGUGGUAAAGUGUCAGACAAUUCAGCAGCUAAUACAUACUAGAGACAAUGCAACAGAAUAGACUUGAUCCGACACUGCUGGAUUGCACACAUUUGUAUGAGAAGUUUGCUGUACAAAAGGAGUAUCUCUUUACAUUUGCUAUAUUUUCCCUUGUGUGUUUCUCCUCCACGCCUGUCUCCGCCCCUUCAUUUGAUCCAUAGCAGUUGGCAAUAAGCCAAUAGUGAUCUAUGCAGUUUCCAACUCAUACUCUGCCCAGAUGCAGACCCUUAAAAAACGUCACUUAAAGGGUCCAAUCUACUAUUAAAUGUUAUUGCAUGUCCCAUAGAGUUAGGGAGCUGGAUAACCAGUUGCACAUAACAUUUUAUCAAUGUCUACCUUUUUGAACAAAUUAUUUUCCUCAGUCUUGAUAAAUUCUGAAUUAUUUUAGACAUGCAUAAGAAACACAGCGUAACUGAUUUAAUAUCCAUUUGAACACAUGUCAGGUUACAGAACAGCAAUAAUACCAUUACACUAUUCCAACAAGACUUUAGCAGUCUUUUUUUCUUCAUUACAAAUGACAUGCACACUUUAGCACUUGAUAGGACAUCAGGGAAUUUUUCUAGCUUCACUCUUUAUAUGCACGGUUAGAAAAUAGCCUUAUCCCAAAGAAUGACUCAUGUUAUACAUGAAGAAAAGCCUCACAUAGCUCCAAACUAACGCCGCUAACAUACAUUACAGAACAUAGAGACUGGUUCGUCUUUCCCACUCUGCCCUCCCGUGAAGUAAGAUUCACACAAGGAAUGUGUAUAGAGAACGUAAAGUGAUACACUUGCUCUUUUGGUCUAUGUGCUGUGUAAAAACCUGCACAACUAUUGAAUGUGAAAGAACAGGAUUAUAUCAGACAACGGAACUUUGUUGAAAGAGCGUUCUUCACUUUGCUGUGCAAGAGUACACUGCUUUGCUGUAUGGCUUUUAUAAACAGAACUAUGUAUUUGGUAAUUGUUUGUAGUUAAUAGUUCACUUCAAGAAGCUGUUUGCGGUUUGGAUGCUCAAACCGUUUGGCGGCACAAGCUGGACUUUGUUGCCAUGAAUGAAACAAAAUCAAGAGAGAAUUUUAAGUUGAUCUGCAUUUUAUUUCCCUUGAAUGUGUUGUUUUAUCUUCAUUAUACAAUAAAUAUUCUAGUGAACUUUUUA